AAACGGUUUGUGAGAGGUUUGUGUGUCUUUAACACGAGUGCGAUGCUGGAAUGAGCAGCAUACGUCCCCAGAAACAGUAAAAAAAAAAAAAGAAAGAAAGUAGAAUCAUGUAAUAUUUAUGCAUCAAGAGUUGCGCUGGAGCCUCGGGUAAACGAAGUCGAUUGACGCGCGCGUUGGACCAGCCGCAUGUGAUUUCCAGCUUCAGUCAUUUUGGCAGCACGAUGCGAGGAAGAGACGGACGCGGAGCUGUGAAACUGGACCCUCUGCCAGAGAUGUCGACGGAGAGGAAUCCCUGAAACCGCCGCUGACCAGGAAAUAUGGACAAAUCUUAUUUUCUGUGCGAGAGCGGGCUGUUUUUCUGUCGGUUUUUGCACAUCGCUACAGAGUAGUGGACCAGGAUGCCGUGUGGGCGAUGCUGCCACAAGGGAUGCAUUGUGAUUUCGCAGAGAUGUUUUAGCAACCGUUGCAUAAAUUAAAAUAAGAAAAGCAGUCACAGGGUGGGAUUGGAGUCCAAAGGGAUCUAAUAAGACAUCACCACCUGUUACAAGAAAAUCAGCACGGCCGCCGAUCAGGAGUGAAGCCACACGAUAGCCUCAUUCUGCUCCACUGGGAAUAAUCCUGCAACACCCACAGCCAGGCAAGAGAGGUGACAGCAUUGCUCUCCCGCCACCCAGGUUUGACAGCCAUGAUUUGGGAAGGCCGUCUGCUAAGGCUCAGAUCAGGGAUCAGCUCGCUGCUCGAUGGCUAGAUCUCACCACAUUAAGAGCUGGGGGCCUUUCUGUUGAGUAUCCCUCACUGCAUAGUAGCACAUGGAUUUCAAGACUUCAAAUGAAGAGACAAAGUCUGGGAUUUAUUUGAUGCAAGAAGGUAAUGAGGAGCCAUUUAAUAUUCGACUACACUUGGCCAAAGAUAUUCUGACCAUUCAGGAGCAAGAUGUCAUCUGUGUCUCAGGAGAGCCUUUUUAUUCAAGUGAGAGGACUGUAACGAUCAGGAGGCAGACAAUUGGAGGGUUUGGUCUGAGCAUCAAGGGUGGAGCAGAGCAUAAAAUUCCUGUUGUCAUAUCAAAAAUAUCAAAAGAACAAAAAGCUGAACUGUCCGGCCUGCUGUUCAUUGGAGAUGGCAUCCUUCAGAUAAAUGGAAUAAACGUGAGAAGUUAUCGCCAUGAGGAAGUGGUUCAGGUUUUGAGAAAUGCCGGUGAAGAAGUGACUCUCACUGUCUCUUUCCUAAAGAAGACUCCGGCUUUUCUGAAACUGCCCCUGUGUGAGGACUGCACGUGCAUCCCCAGCGACCAGAGCAGUGGGACAUCCUCUCCUCUGUGUGAUAGCGGCCUGCAUUUGAACUACCAUCCUAACAACACGGACACAUUGUCCUGCUCGUCUUGGCCCACAUCACCGGGGCUUCGCUGGGAGAAGAGAUGGGUGGACCUGCGCCUUAUUCCACUGCUUCACUCACGCUUGUCACAGUACAUCCCAGGCUCUGACGCCUGCAGAAAGAAUGCUUUCCAGGUCAUAGCUGUGGACGGAGUUUGUAGCGGAGUCAUACAGUUUCCCACAGCUGAAGACUGCUUGGAAUGGCUUCAGGCAAUAGCGAGCAACAUUUCCAGUCUCACCAAGCACAAUGUGAAGAAGAUUAACCGAAACUUUCCAGUUAACCAGCAGAUUAUCUACAUGGGUUGGGUAGACGAGAAGGAGCAGGACUCCGUUCAGGACCGAAUGUAUUCACCAAAGUUCCUCGCUUUGAGAGGUUCCUCUCUCUUCAAGUUUUCAGCACCUCCUGUGACAACAUGGGAUUGGACCAGAGCAGAGAAAAGCUUUACUGUCUAUGAGAUAAUGUGCAAGAUUUUAAAGGAUAAUGACCUUCUGGACAAGAGGAAGCACUGCUUCAGCGUCCAGACGGAGAGCGGGGAGGACAUGUUCUUCAGCGUGGAACUGGACUGUGAGCUGCUGAUCUGGGAAAAGGCUUUUCAGAUGGCCACUUUCCUGGAGGUGGAGAGGAUACAGUGUAAAACAUAUGCCUGUAUCAUGGAGAGUCACCUCAUGGGACUGACAGUUGACUUCAGCAUGGGUUUUGUGUGCUUUGAUGCAGCUUCAAAGGCAGUACUGUGGAGAUACAAGUUCUCCCAACUUAAAGGAUCGUCUGAUGAUGGAAAAAGCAAGAUCAAGUUUUUGUUCCAAAAUCAAGACUCGAAAUCUAUUGAAGCAAAGGAGCUGGAGUUUUCAAACCUCUUUGCUGUGCUUCAUUGUAUUCAUGCUUUUUUUGCUGCCAAAGUUGCUUGCCUGGACCCAGUGUUUGUGGAGAGCCAAGGCACCGCGACUACCACUGGGUUUCCUUCCCUUUCCACCAUCUCAUGUAAUUCACAGACACCUAAACUCAAAUACGCGACUUGACAGGUGCUGGUCUCCCCCAGAAACUUUCUAGAAAGACACUUACUUGUGACUGUGGCCUAAAAUGAUGGACAGAAGAAUAAAUAUGACAAAUAUGACAUUAUGGAAGACAGACGUAUACAGCGGUGGAAUAAAAGACCUCUUCAGGAGUACUAUACUUGAUACAUUUCAGACUUCUGGGUUUUCUGGAAUAGUUGUGGACCUAAAAAUGAACCUCUACUUUGACAAAUUUCCCAAAAAGACUCCAUGGACACAAAAUGUGCAAUUCAAAAAUGUUUUUAAGUGAAUUCAUCCUUCUCUUGAUCCUCAGACAUCCUUAUAUUCAACACACCCUGAAGAAAAAUGCAGUUCUUUUCCCAAGGUAGAGUGCUUUUCUAUGAAAUGGUAUUUAAGUUUUGGAGAUUUUGGAGAUUUCAACAAGUCAGAUUUUUACCUUUUUUUGUUUCACAUCAGACGGUAUAUCACUUGAACUCUACAAGGCUUUGUCUCGACAUUGGAUAUGAUGAUGAUACUUUCGAUAUUUACAUUUUUUUGUGUGUGUGUGUGUUCUUGAGAUGAAAAACCUGCAAUCAUACUUCACUUAGCAGUAAAAUUUAUUUUCCAGUGGACUGUAAUUAGAGACAAACUACAAACUAACACCAAUCUGAUCUGAAUCUGACACGAAGGUUUGCUGGCAGCACUGGUGGACUAAAUGAGGGCUUGAGAUCGGUUUGUGCCCAAAUAUACCGAGUAACCUCACUUCUUUUCCUCUGUGUAUGACGUAUACCCACAGGUCAGAAUGUAACUCAUUCCCAGAUUAACGGAUCAAAAGGUUGUAUGAAAGUGUGUUUUUUGUUUUUUUUUUUGAUUGUAUGGAUGAACAGUGACGCUUUGAUUAUCAGGUUCACCAUUCACACGACCAUAAUCUGACAGUACCACUCUAAACAUGAUUAAAAACUCCUUCCAUCAUGUUUAUAGCAUUUUUUUAAAAAAUCCAAAACUUGAUUAUGUAAAUAAGCACUGACAUUCAAAUGAACUCAAAGAAUUAUGAAUUAUCACGAUUACUUGAGGGAUUACUUGUAGGGAUUAUGGCAUUUGUUAAUUUGAUGUGCAUCAGAGAUGACUAGGUAGAUAGCUCAUAACCUCGUGUUCUCUUCAUCAUUUACUCUAUGUACCAAUUUAGAAGAAUAAAAUCAGCUAUGGUGUAUUUUUGGAAUAUUUUAUCUUUUUCUUUUUUUUUUUAAAUUCAGCUUGUAAAUAAAUUUCACUGACAAUAAGAAAACACAGUGCGAGGAAAACAGACAUACGUAGCGUCGUGUUCUCCGGAGGUUUGAGAUGCCCCUUUAAACUUCCCUCUGUUAAACUGCUUGUAAAUGCAGCAGACUGACAUCUAAACUAUCAUAUUUAAAAAGAGUUCAGGUCAAUUAGCGCAAUUAGUCACGCUCUUACCUUCCAUUUACAGAGUAGAAUCCAAACAGAAGAGGCUCGUGGGUAAGUAAACUCUAGAGGAUAGUAAAUUAAAUGGGGUCAGUAAAGUGCUUGGUACUGUGAGGGCUUGUUAAGCUGACAUGAGUGUCUGAGGGAGACUAAUGGUGGUGCAGUCUAUGCAAAGAAAGCCUGAUUGAUGCUUUUGUGCUUUAAAUUUAUCUCGGUUGCAUACCCUUAUAACACAAGAUCUAGAGAGUGAGGUUUAUUUUAUUUUUUGCAGAUGUUUUAUUAACAAAUAUGCUGUGUAAUAAAUUAAUAAAUAAGACCUUUUAUAAU